AUGAGUGGCUACGAUAGAGCAUUAUCUAUUUUUUCACCAGAUGGUCAUAUCUUUCAAGUUGAAUAUGCUCUUGAAGCUGUUAAGAGAGGUACGUGUGCAGUUGGUGUUAAAGGUACUGAUUGUGUUGUGUUAGGUUGUGAAAGACGUUCAACAUUGAAGUUACAAGAUCCACGUAUUACACCAUCAAAAAUUUCAAAAAUUGAUUCACAUAUUGUUUUAUCAUUUUCUGGGUUAAAUGCAGAUUCACGUAUUUUAAUUGAAAAAGCGCGUAUAGAGGCUCAAAGUCAUAGAAUGACAUUAGAAGAUCCUGUUACAGUUGAAUAUUUAACACGUUAUAUUGCGGGUGUUCAACAAAAAUAUACUCAAUCAGGUGGUGUUAGACCAUUUGGUAUUUCAACAUUAAUUGCAGGAUUUGAUCCAAAGGAUAAUACACCAAGAUUAUAUCAAACUGAACCUAGUGGUAUAUAUUCCAGUUGGACUGCACAAACAAUUGGUAGAAAUUCAAAAACUGUUAGAGAAUUUUUAGAAAAAAAUUAUGAUACUGAAACACCACCUGAAAGUUCAGAAGAUUGUGUUAAAUUAACAAUUAGGUCAUUAUUAGAAGUUGUACAGACAGGUGCGAAAAAUAUUGAAAUUACUAUAGUGAAACCAAAUUCUGAAAUUAUUACAUUAGAUAAUGAUGCAAUUGGUAAAUAUGUUGAUGAUAUUGAAAAAGAAAAACAAGAACAACAAGAGCGUGAAAAAUCAAAGAAAAAGGAUUAA